AUGAGUGAACGUAAGGCUCACAAAAACUGUAAGUACAUUUGUCCCUGUUGUCACAACAAUCCCCCGUGCAACAAGGAUGUUGUGAACAUUAAGUGCGCGGAGUGUAAUCGCGAUUUCCGUGGACAGGACUGCUAUCGCUAUCAUAAAGACCAGAAUUUAUGCUCGCAAGUACGUCGAUGUCGGACGUGUUUAGCGACCGUGUGGAAAAAUAAGAAGCCCCACAAGUGCGGGUUCAAACUAUGUGUUACUUGCAACGCAGAACGUCCCAUACGUCACCUCUGUUAUAUGGCUAAGAAUUCCCCAAACAAGAAAAAGUUAGACAAAGACUUUGUGUUUGUUUUCUACGACUUUGAGUGCCGCCAGGACGAACAGUUUGAAAACCGACCUAACACUUACGUGCAUAUCCCCAAUCUUUGUGUCGCGCAACACGUGUGCAAGACGUGCAUCGUAAACAAUAAGGACAUUAAUAUGCCUUGUGACAAUUGUGGUAACCGUCAACAUAUAUUUAAAACAGCCCCUGUCGAUGAACUUUUAAGUCUGGUGUCAUCAUUGGCCAAGAAAAAUCGUGAUGUCGUGGCUAUCGCGCACAACAGCAAAGGCUACGACAGUAUUUUCAUUUUGAAGGAGAUGAUGAAGACUCCCUCUGCCUGGAACCCAGAGAUAAUUGCGACAGGCACAAAAAUUACUUCGCUCGCGUGCAAUAACAACAUCAGAUUCAUCGACAGUCUCAAUUUUAUACCGAUUCCAUUAAGUGCUUUCCCAAAAACUUUCAAUUUUGAGGGGUCAAAGGGUCACUUUCCGCACUUCUUCAACACCGUUGCUAAUCAAGAUUAUGUCGGCCCGAUGCCCGCACCCCAUUUCUAUGGCUGUGACGAGAUGUCUGCGAAGAAUCGUGAAGAUUUUCUUGAGUGGUACAAUGGAGAGGUAAUCCGCAACGCUGUAUUCGAUUUCCAAGCGGAAAUUGUACAAUACUGCAUUCAGGACGUCAACAUCCUACGGCGUGCAUGCGUUGAAUUUUGGCACAAGUUCGUCACCGAAAACAAAGUCGACCCAUUCAGAGAGUGUUGCACAAUUGCCUCCGCCUGCAGUCUCGUGUUCCGAAGAAACUUUCUCCAGGAAGAGACCAUAGGGCUCAUCCCUCACGGCGGUUACAGAGCAAGCGAUAACCAGAGUAAAGUAGCCAUUAAAUGGUUACUGCUAUUGCAAAACCGUGAAAUCCCCGAUCUUCAACAUGCCGGCAACACCCGAGAAGUGCGCCUAAAGGAAGGGAUCAUUGUGGACGGGUACUCCCAAGCAACGAACACCGUCUACCAGUUCCAUGGCUGCUACUUCCACGGGUGCGAGAGAUGUCACUCCGAUCAGACGGCUGCGCUGAAGGGCGAUAAAACGGACACGAUGGGAGUGCGUCGCGAGAAGACUGAGGCGACGUCAGUACGUAUUAGGGCCGCAGGUUACAAUCUCGUGGAAAUGUGGGAGUGCGACUUCAAGACGUACCUCAUUAAUAAUCCGGAUAUAGCCGAAUUUUUGGAAAACCACAACGUGGUAAAAAAUGAGCCCCUAAACCCCCGAGACGGUUUCUUUGGCGGACGUACGAAUGCCGUCAAGUUGUAUCACAAGACCGAAGGCGAUGAAGUGAUAAGGUACUUGGACGUCUGCUCCCUGUACCCCUACGUCAACAAGUACGCAAAAUACCCUGUAGGCCACCCGCGCGUACUUGUAACCCCCGAAGAACUUCGCACCGUCAAUCUUAAUUCCGUGGAAGGCAUAAUGAAGUGCACGGUUCUGCCGCCCCAACACCUCUACCACCCCGUGCUUCCAUACCGUUGCCACGGCAAGCUCAUGUUUCCGCUAUGCCGCACAUGUUGCGAAACGAUGGAGCAGGAUGAGUGUGAGCACUCUGAAGAAGAACGGAGGUUCAGUGGCACAUACGUAGCCGAUGAACUCCGUAAAGCCAUUUCCUUGGGGUACGUAGUGGAGGACAUACAAGAAGUAUGGGAGUACCGUACCACCAAGUACGAUAAGGCUACAAAGAGCGGGGGAUUAUUCACCGGCUACGUCGACAACUUUUUGAAGACGAAGCAAGAAUGCAGUGGGUGGCCAUCCUGGUGUGUUGACGAGGAGGCCUGUAUGCAGUACCUAGCCGACUACAUGGAGCACGAGGGGAUCCAACUCGACCGGUCCAAGAUUGCGGUGAACGCAGGGCUUCGCUACAUUGCCAAACUUUUCCUCAAUUCGUUUUGGGGAAAGUUUGGACAGCGCGACAAUCUGACGAAAACCGCAAUUGUCUCAGAGCCUGAGCAGUUUUUCCAAAUGCUCACUGACCCGGCCGUGGAACUCAACUCGAUCAUUCCCGUGAACGACGAGACCCUCAUCGUCAACUGGACACUCCCCGAAGAAGCCGUCGAACCCCUGAGGACCACCAAUGUGGUGUUGGCAGCUUAUACAACCGCCCAUGCCCGCCUAAAACUCUACAGCUAUCUCGAGCAGCUGGGUGAACGAGUCUUGUACUUUGACACCGAUUCAGUCAUCUUCACGGAGAACCCCGGAGAGUGGUCACCAGCUUGCGGCAACUUCUUGGGAGAUAUGACUGACGAGGUGGAAUGCUAUGGCCCCGGCAGCAGAAUAGUUGAGUUUGUGAGUGGUGGACCGAAAAACUAUGCGUUCAAGGUGUUUUCCCCAAGUACUAACAAUUAUAGUGUAGUGUGUAAGGUUAAGGGCAUCUCCCUAAAUUACAAAAAUAGUGCUGUGGUGAAUUUCGAAACAAUCAAGGACGCCGUGUUGAACAAUGCCCCAGAGACUUUUGUGGAGACUGAUCGUCGUAUAGCCAGGACUUGUACAUACGACGUCAUCUCCAAGCCUGAGAGGAAGCGCUAUCGUGUCGCGUACACAAAGCGUCGCCGCAUAGCUGUAGGCUGCGACACACUACCGUAUGGUUAUAAGAAGUAA